AUGGCUGCAGAGAACCCUGUGGAAAGUCUCCAGAAGGAAGCGACAUGUCCCGUCUUUCUGGAGUAUUUCACAGAACCUGUCAUCCUGGAGUGUGGGCACAAACUCUGCCGAGCCUGCAUCAGCCAGUGCUGGGAGGGAUACGAUACAGCCGCCUCCUGCCCUCAGGGCAGACAAACUGUGCAACAGGGAAACCUCAGGCCCAACAGGCAGCUGGCAAACAUGGUAGAAAUCGCCAAGCGACUGAGUUUACAGGCAGCAAAGGGAAGCGGAGGGGACGGGGUUUGUGGGAAACACCAGGAGGCUCUAGAACUGUUCUGUGAAGAGGAUCAAACCCCCAUCUGUGUGGUGUGCGACAGAUCCCGGGCUCACCGCUCUCACAAGGUGGUUCCCAUACAGAAGGCUGCCCAGGAGUACAAGCCAAAAAUCCAGACCCAAUUGAAGACUCUGAGGGCAGAGCGAGAAAAGCUGCUGGGAUUGAAAGUGACUGGAGAGGGGAAAAGCCAGGAGUAUCUGAAACAAACACAAACCGAAAAGCAGAGGAUUGUGUCUGAAUUUCAGCCACUGCGGCAGUUCCUGGAGGAACAAGAGCGACUCCUGCUGGCCCAGCUGAAGAAGCUGGACAAGGAGAUUGUGAGGAUCCAGACUGAAAAUAUCAGUAAACUCUCCAAGCAGAUAUCCCAUCUCAGUGAGCUGAUCAGUGAGCUGGAGGGGAAGUGUCAGAAGCCAGCGAGUGAAUUCCUGCAGUAUGUCAGAAGCACCUUGAGCAGGUGUGAGAAGAGGAAGUUGCAGCAGCCAGAGGAGAUUUCUCCUGAACUGGGAGAGCAAGUCAGUGGUUUCUCCCAGAAAACUAUUGCGCUACUGGAGGCUCUGAGGAAGUUCAAAGACACUCUGCCGUCUGCACUGGAGAGAAAAAGGGCGGAACCACUCGGAGCGCACAGACAGGCGAAUGUGACUCUGGAUCCAGACACGGCUCAUCCCAGCCUCGUCCUGUCUGAGCAUCGGAAACAUGUGAGAUGGGGAGACACAUGGCAGCAUCUGCCCAAGAACCCUGAGAGAUUUGACACUUGGCCCUGUGUGCUGGGCUGUGAGGGAUUCACCUCGGGGAGACAUUGCUGGGAGGUGGAGGUGGGGGGUGAGGGAGGCUGGGCCGUGGGGGUGGCCAGAGAGUCUGUGGGGAGGAAGGGAGGGAUCAGCCAUAGCCCUGAGGGGGGGAUCUGGGCUGUGGAGCAGUGGGGGGGUCUGUUCCGGGCUCUCACCUCCCCUGUGACCCCCCUGCCCCUGAGCCGGGCCCCCAGCAGGAUCCAGGUUUGUCUGGACUGUGACCGGGGGCAGGUGACAUUUAUCGAUGCUGGUGACGAGGCCCUGAUCUUCACUUUCCCGCUGGGCUCCGUCCCUGGGGAGAGAAUCCGACCCUGGCUUCGAGUGGGGGUAGGAUCCCGGCUCAGACUGUGUCCCUGAGACACACAGGGGAGGGGCAGGGGAAAUAGCUCUCUGGGAGCCCGGAGAUCAGCCUCUCUAGCCUCACACACACCCUUGUCUCUGUGACCUCUCCUUGUGGACUUUCUAUCAUGCUGUUUCUGUGACCCUGGAGGCUGCUGCGUGGUGUUGUCAGAUGCUACCGGUGUAGUGCUCUGCUCUGUUCAAUGUUGUCAGCUGCAUGUGUGUGUUCCCUUUGUGUGCUGCCCCGGCUCUGCGCAGAUAGCUGACACAGCA